GACCGAUCGACCCCAGCCUGACUCAGACGGACUUAGAGACGAUGGAACGAAGCCAUGGUUCAAAUACAGUGCAGCAUCGGUAAGCCAGUUAGAACUCGAAGAGUGCAACUUGAUAUGCUUCUUCAAGAACAGUGCACCACUGCUUCGUUCGCGGUCCGCUGAGUCAGGCCUAUGUAUAAGCAGUUAAUAUUUUAAUAUCCAUUCAAUCAUACGAACUUUGUUCACUUGCAUCCCAAUUUCAUAGGCCUAUCACGUUCCUCACUAGAUGCCCAACCCUCGAGGAAGAAAUGGGUAUGCCAUUGCUCCUUCAGAUGAAGCUAUACGGCCGCCAGUGGAACGACUUGUUGCAAGUGGCUACACUAACCCAGAAAUCAUUUCUCGUCUUCGAGAACACAACCGGCGUGAUGUUAGAGUUGGGAUAUUAGAAGCGAAAGAUGAAUAUUCUGGGGCGACUGGAAGGUGAGUCUCGUAUCGACUUUUUCAUAGACCACCGGUAUACUAACUCAAACGAAAACAUUGAAAUAACAAUUGCUAAUAGAGUUGUCAGUAUCAUGGGCUUCCGUCCGAUGUGGUCGGACAGUUGACUCCAAUGGAAAAUGGUCAGGGUAUGAACUGCAUAGUACGAUGAUUCCUGAGAAAGUUCGUCUCCGCGAGUGACUCCAAUAUCUCUAAUGAGUUGGGGAAUAAACGAUGUGCACUGACAGUCAUAGAUGCUGUCAAAGCAACGACAACAGCGAGUAGAGAGAAACACAUUUUCUGUGCGAGGUGAUAUGGGUUCUUCUGAAGGGGAUCC